AACGUAUCCCUUUAACCCUCCCAAGGUAAGAAACACAUCCCUUUAAUAACCCUCCCAAGGUAAGAAACACAUCCCUUUAAUAACCCUCCCAAGGUAAGAAACACAUCCCUUUAAUAACCCUCCCAAGGUAAGAAACACAUCCCUUUAAUAACCCUCCCAAGGUAAGAAACACAUCCCUUUAAUAACCCUCCCAAGGUAAGAAACACAUCCCUUUAAUAACCCUCCCAAGGUAAGAAACACAUCCCUUUAAUAAUCCUCCCAAGGUAAGAAACACAUCCCUUUAAUAACCCUCCCAAGGUAAGAAACACAUCCCUUUAAUAACCCUCCCAAGGUAAGAAACACAUCCCUUUAAUAACCCUCCCAAGGUAAGAAACACAUCCCUUUAACCCUCCCAAGGUAAGAAACACAUCCCUUUAAUAACCCCCAAGGUAAGAAACACAUCCCUUUAAGAGUCACUAUGAUGGUACACUACUAUCUCGUGUUUAACACCCCUCUCUCUCCCCAGGUGAGGUUCAUCACUAAGAUCUGGCACCCCAACAUCAGCUCAGUAACAGGAGCCAUCUGUCUGGACAUCCUCAAAGACCAGUGGGCAGCAGCGAUGACUCUGAGGACAGUACUGUUGUCCCUCCAGGCUCUUCUGGCUGCAGCUGAACCAGACGACCCCCAGGAUGCAGUAGUGGCCAAUCAGUAUAAGCAGAACCCAGAGAUGUUUACGCAGACAGCCAGGUUAUGGGGCCAUUACUACGGUGGAGCCCCUGUUCCCGGACCAGAAUACACACGGAAGAUAGACAAACUCACUGCCAUGGGCUUCGAAAAGAAUGCUGUAAUCGCUGCCUUGUCUUCUAAAUCCUGGGAGGUGGAGACGGCGACAGAACUACUCCUGAACAACUGAGAACCGGCAAUAAACCCCCUCUGACCUCAUCUCCCAUCUGCCCUCCGAUGCCUUCUCACCACAGCCCAAACUGAGCCUUGACUGGGGUUGAUGUCCUACAGUUUCCAGCCCUCCCCGUCCAAGUCACUUCCUGGUAUCCUUUCAGCCCAAACAUCACCCCCACCAAUCGCUUUCUUUUGGUUCUUCGCUUGAUGAACUCUUACUUUCCGACAUUGAGCUAACUGGCUGAGAGAGACGGGAGGACGCGAACCACCGGACAAAGAUUUAUCUGUAAAUAAAUAUUAGUUCUUAUCAAAUACACGGCGGAAUACUUUAUUCUUCCUGGAUAUUGUUAAAAAAAUAAAAUUAAAAAAACGUAAACUGUGCGUCAGUUUUACUCACGACUAGAAGGAAAUAAAUUGCCUCGCUAACUAUUUUGGUCGACCAGGGAGUUCGUCCGAAUGUCCCGAUGAAGUGACGCCUGCGUCCCCCCCCGUCCCCCCCCCCCAAAAAUCCCUCUCAUGCUCCUCUUUCCCAGACGAAUCCUGUGUACAGUCUCUUUCUCGACGAAGAAGAAGAUACCUCUUCAUCAGCAGAGAAAACCACCGACCUACCGGCUGGAUCUAUAUUUUAUAAAGAAAAAAAACAAGACUCUUCCCUCUUUUCGCUGUCUUCCUGUUCCACUUCAGCACGAUGACGACGGAGAAGAUAAAGAACUGCACGGCAGAGUAGAGACCCCCCACCCCCCCAUAAGGCUCUGGCCAAAAGUAGUGCACUGUAUAGGAGAUAGGCUGCCAUUUUGUUUUUUUAACAACUCCGUCGGGAGUUAUCAGUUUGGAUUUGCUUUCUGAAGGAAACAGCAGCCGUCAGACCUGGGUUCAGAUGCUAUUUGAAAUCUUUCAGCUUUAGUCUGCCAGAUGGGAGGGGUUUGGAGUAUUUUAUUGGCUCGUGAAGCCAACUCAACCUAGCACAGAAAAGGGGUUUGAAAUGAUAUUGAGGUAUUUGAACCCGGCCGGCGUACAAUCGCAUGAUUAUUUAUUGUGAGACUGUCAACGUUUACUUUUAUUAAAAAAACAACCUGGAAAA